AUGAAAUUGUCUCGUUUCGUUUCGCUCUCCGUAUCGUAUCGCGAUAAAACACUUGAGAAAGCCGCCAAUUUUUGAGGCGCAGAAUCAUCAGAGAAUGGUCGUGAUAAAGAGGCGAACAAUGAGAUCAAACAUGAAUCGAGCGAAUCACCGAAGCCGAUGCAAGUUGAUAGUGGUGAACCUGAGGAGGACAUCAAAAAAUCACCUGAAGAGAAGAAAAAAGAACCAGAGGCGGACGAGGACGAUGACGAGAAAAUUGAAGGUGGAUAUGGACUCGGCGGUUUACCGACUGGCUCGGAGAAGCUGACACCGAAGGAGCGUCAUUUGUUA